GUAAAGACAAAAAUAUGAGUAAAAUGACGGGAAAUGCCGGAAUGAGAGCCAAAGUUAAGAAGAAAAUGACAAAAGAACAAAUGCAAUUGGCCAUUAUAAAGAAGAAGGAAUCUGAUUUAAAAGCUUUGCUAAUUGUAGAACGUUUACUGGAACCUCAAAUAGAAUCCGAAUGGCUUUUAAAUAACCUAAUACAUAUUAAUAAGUGUCAUAUGGAAGAUGUUAUUGAAGAACGAGCAAUAAUAAAGUUAUGUGGUUACGUUUUGUGCCCAAAACCACUUACAGUCAUUAUUAAUCAACGCUAUCACAUUUCAUUAAAGAAUAAAAAAGUUUAUGAUGUUACUAAGAGAAAACACUUUUGUAGCUCUAAAUGUUUUGGAGCUUCAAAUUAUCUACUUGAACAAAUACCUACGAGUCCUUUAUGGUUAAGAGAUAAAGAGGAAGUACCAAAGUUUCGAAUUUUUUCCCAAGAUAAUUCAAUACCAAGUGUUUCACAUGGAGAAGAACUUGAUAUUGCUAUUAUCGAUCAUUGUUUAAAGAAUGAAUCACAGGAUAAGAAAGAUACAAACAUUUCCACAAAAGACAUUCGAUUAAAUGAAUUUAUUCAUAAAGAUGAUUUUAAUGACAAUGUUUGUAAAGCUGUUAAAAAUAAACAUAUUGAUAAAGCAGAUUUGAAAGUAAACGCAAUUCUAACUGAUGCAAAUGCUAUUAAAAGUAAUGAUGAGGUAAACGUUAAUAACGAAAUUGAAGCUAAUUGCAAUAUUAAAGAAAUUAAAGAUAUUCUUGAAUAUGUUGGAAAUAAAUUUGAUGAAACAAAUAUUAACAAAAAACAAGUUGAUAAUGCUGCCAAACACAUACCAGCUGUAAUAGAAAAUGUCAAUUUACAAAAUAUUGCUAAUUGUGAUAAAAAAUUGCAAGACAGUACAAAUAAAUGCUCUUCUGAGAAAGCGACAAAUGAUAAAUCACAUAAGCACUAUAAAAAAUUAAAACACAAAGAAAAGUUAAGACAAGUGGAAAACAAAGCAAGUAUUGAGAUAAAUUUAGCUACUAAAGUCGAAGCAAGCUUUAAAGAAUGGAUUACAGAAGAGACGAUUAAUUUCCUAUUUGGAGCUGAUUCUAUUAAAAAAGAAACAAUUGAGAAUAUAGAAAGACAAGACAAAUACUCUAUUUUAUGUAAAAAAUUAUAUAAAUUACAAUUUCAAGAUCAUCAAAUAAUAAAACCUUCAUUGAAACCCGUGCCACAUUUCACUAUAUUGCAAGAAGAAGGACAAAAACUUAAUUUGAAGGUUAAAGGUUUUCAAAAAGAAACAAAUGUUAUCGAAAAACCUGAACCGAUGGACAAUGAACAGCAGCCUACACGUUCAAACACAGUUUUACCUUUGAUUGAUACUCAAGCACCUAACAUUUUUCGACGCAAAAUUUUUCUGGACCGACUUGAUCAAAUAUUACCAGAACUUUUGAAAACCUUAGCUGGUAAUAAUGAAGUUUAUGCAAGAACAUGUUGCAAUUACACAAGUGUAAGAUGUACAGCCAUUAAAGCUCUGAUACACACAUUUUCUUUAUCAGCAAAAAAUAUAAUUUUUAAGAAUGUCGAGUGGACUCUUGUUGGCCUUAUUAUUAUUAAAAUGCUUAGUUUAUUGGACCCCUGGCUUACAUCUUUACUUUCAUCGCAACAAGCUAACAUGUAUAUAUCCAUGAUUUUAACUUCGUAUAAAUUAGAUCCAGAUUAUUUGAAUCUUUUGAUAGCGUCAUUUAAUCUAAAUAUAAAUAAUUAAAAACAGCAUAAUAUAAAUAACAAUGAGAAAAAUUAGAAUA